AUGAAUAUCUAUGAUCAUUUAGAUGAAAAUCUAUCAGAUGACUUAGUUGAUGAAAAUGUUGUGGCAUCUCCUAUCAAAACCUCUUCGAAGCUUAUUAAGAACAUGUCUAGUACUCCAUUUGACAAAAAGCCUCGUGCAGUCUUAUUAAUGAAGGCUCCAUCUUGCCCAAUAAGUAAUGCAGAUGUAUUUUCUCGUAGUUCCAAGAAUAUAUCUCAACUAUAUAAAGUUGAUAUACAUGCUAAAAUUCCUUGCAAAGAGGAAUUUAGAACUGAGAGAAGAUUGAAAGGAAAAAUAGAAGAGCUUCUUCAAAAAUCUAGCCAGAGUCCACACUUUUCUGAUCAUUCCCCUGACAAACAAAUUUCAGCUAAAGGGUUGAAUGUUGAGCCUAAUAGCUUUUCCUCCUCCCUAAAUAAGCUUAUAACGAUGGGAGAUGUCUGCGCUCCAUAAUAAUUCAUUACCAAUAAUCAUUUGUAAACUA